GGCGGAGUUUUCGGCCGCCUGCGCCGCCAUUGGUCGAGGCGCGUCGUCAAUGCGUCUCCGUCGGUCUGUGAGUGGCGGUGGAGGCUGUCAGUCAACGGCAGGCUGCUGCCGAGACUCCAGAGAGAGGGAGAUGUCAGAGGCUGAGCUGCUCCCUUCCUUCAGUAGCACUAGCGGGGUUCAGCAGCCAGCAUGGCCACAGCUGCCUCCAGCCCCUACACCCUGCUCAGCUCCAGUCCCAUGAUUCACCCGGACAGCCAGGCCAUGCAGCCUGCUAGCCCCUACAGAGGCCACCAGAAACUCCUCCAAAGUGACUACCUGCAGAGCGUCCAGAGCAACGGACACCCUCUCGUGCACCAGUGGGCGAGCAGUCUGUCGGAGGGCAGCCCCUGGUCGGCCUCCAUGGAGCAGCAGGACGUAAAACCCGGCCGAGAAGACCUGCAGCUUGGCAUCAUCCAUCAUCGCUCCUCGCACGUAGCGCAUCACUCCCCUCAUCACAACAACCAUGGCAACCACCCCGGAGCCUGGGGAACUCCGGUGUCCCACAACUCCUCCAUCACCAGCGGGCAGCAGAUUAACAUCUACUCGCAAACGGGCUUCGCUGUCAACGGCAUGCUGGACCACGGUGGCCUCACACCUCCACCCAACCCGCAGGGCCAAGGCAUGCACCCGGGCCUCAGGGACACGCUCAGCCCCGAGCACAGCGACCUCGGGGGCCACCACUGCCACGACCACUCCGACGAGGAGACGCCGACUUCGGACGAGCUGGAGCACUUUGCCAAGCAGUUCAAACAGCGGAGGAUCAAGCUGGGCUUUACGCAGGCGGACGUGGGUUUGGCUCUGGGCACGCUCUACGGGAACGUCUUUUCCCAGACCACCAUCUGCAGGUUCGAGGCUCUGCAGCUGAGCUUUAAAAACAUGUGCAAACUAAAGCCGCUGCUGAACAAGUGGCUGGAGGAGGCGGACUCGACCACAGGCAGCGCGAGCAGUAUAGACAAGAUAGCAGCUCAGGGGAGGAAGAGGAAGAAGAGGACGUCCAUCGAGGUCAGCGUGAAGGGGGUUCUGGAGACGCACUUUCUCAAGUGUCCCAAACCCUCCGCGCCGGAGAUCACCUCGCUGGCGGACUCGCUGCAGCUGGAGAAGGAGGUGGUGCGCGUGUGGUUCUGCAACCGGAGGCAGAAGGAGAAGCGCAUGACGCCGCCGGGGGAGCCGCCGCCGCACGAGGGACCCUAUUCUCACAGCGGGAGCGCGGGAGACGCCUCCUCGUGCCAUGAUCUCUGACCGAAGCACCGGGAGGAAUCCCCCGGCACGCACAGACUCUCGAGCGCAAAGGGGCGCGCGGUGGCACCUCCAAGCCCCGCCGUGGCGGUCCCGGACUCAGACAGACUCCUCCAGCACUGAAACCCAACAACAACAAUAAGAGAGAUAUACCUGUUCAGCCUUCGUCGUUUUGGAACUGUCACGAGGGCACAUCAGACGUCACAUUUCCGAUUACCUACCUUUGGAGCCCGGCAAAAUUUAUUUUCUACAUCACGGAUAUAAAUACAAAAUGUGCCUAAUAACCUGCCAGCGCCUUUGGUUUGUGUCCCCAUGUCUCACCAGCUCCAUAAUAAUGCUGUUUGGCGGACUGAGGUUUUUGUUUUCCUUUCUUUGGGGCUCUGAUCAGCUGAGUGAAACAAUAAUUAUAUCACACUUUAUUAAUUGAAUUGUUGCAGCACUAGAUGCCGUUUUACAGUCCAGCUCCUGCUUCCCUCGGGCUUAUACCAUGCUUUAGUUCUCACCAUAUUUACACUCAUUAUUUUUGUAAUAUACUCGUAGCAGAUCUGUAAUUAUUAUUAUUUGUUUGCAUUUGCAAAUACAAGCCUUCAUUCCAGUUGUAGAGGUAUUGCUACCGACAGAAUUGGAGCCUUGUGGCUGAUGAAGCCACACACAGUUCCAGCUAUUUAUGAAUUCAUUUCUUUGAUUUCAAUAAUCAUCUUCGACCAUAGAAACUGUGUGGACUCUGAACCAGAGCCGAGACUAGAGAGGGGUUGAUGACGCUACACACCUGCCUAUAAGUUUAUGGUACGUUCACUAUCCAAAUUUUAUAAUCUUAAAUACUCCUGUUAUUGGUUUAUUUCUUAAGUAUUUUUUCGAAUAUUGUACAGUUUUAUAUAUUACCCUUUUGAAGCAAUUAAUUUAAACAAAUGCUCUUAGUUAUUCAUGCACUUAAUUAGCAAUGUACACACACACACACACACACACACACACAAUAUUUUCAG